CCGUCAUGCCGUGCGCGCCGCCAUGUUGGUUGUAUUCGCGUCCCUAGCAACAGUAUAGCGUCAUUAGCAGCACACUCGCUCUGCAAUCGUCGGCGUCUAUCUGCUCCUAUUUGUCAUCUCGCAAUCGUCUGUAAUGGAUAAUUACGCUAAUUUAUUGGACAAAGUAUCUCGUAUAAGAUAUCACGAGAAGACUGGUGUGAUCGACAAAGAAGAUCCGUACAGGAUUCCGAAAUCGAAAUGGAGUGACGACCACAAGCAUUUGCCGGCAACUAACUACAUCGACAUCGUCAACUAUCUGGUAUUCAGUCCCAGUCCUUUUUGUAGUUUAUCAGACAUCAGAAACUACAGGAGCUUGGAAGCAUAUGAUAGAUUUGUAUGUGGUUGGGUACGAGACAUUGUCUCGUAUGUGCAUUUGUCCGUCGAAGAUGGAAAGGCCAUUCACGUUGUGAAGUCAAAAGUAAUGCAUUCCCAGCGCUUGAAUGAAGCUCCAUUGCACCCCUGGUUCAUCACUGAUGACACGGGCAAAGUUUUGUCAGCCCACUGCAAUUGUAUUGCAGGUUUGGGAGAAUCGUGCACACAUGUAGCAAGUGUGAUGUUUGCUGUUAAAGCUAUUGUUAGACUAAGGGAAAAAGAGGAGGUUACAACAGUUGAAGCAGCAACAAGGAACCAAGCAGGUUCCCCACUUUGGUUUCAGUUCAGGGCUGGACGUAUAACGGCAUCAAAGAUGAAAAGCGCAAGUCGUACAUCAUUGUUGGACCCUUCUAGGAGUUUACUUCGCCAUAUCUGUUACCCUAAUGAGGUCAAGUUUUCUCAUCCAGCUACAAGAUGGGGAUGCAGCCAUGAGGUAACAGCAAGGGAUGCCUAUGAGAAAUUAUCUUGUGAGCAUCACCAUAACUUCAGUGUUGAGGAAUGUGGUUUAUUCCUUAGCUGUGAGUAUCCACAUCUUGGUGCAACUCCUGAUGGUAUUGUUGACUGUAGCUGUUGUGGAAGGGGCUGCCUUGAGAUUAAAUGUCCUUACUGUGUAAAGGAUGACUGAAUUGAUAACAAUAUAGUAUACUUAGAGGAAGUUAAUGGGUCACUGCAACUGAAAAGGGACAGUCAGUACUAUUACCAGGUGCAAACACAACUAUUUGUAACAAAACAUGAUUAUUGUGACUUUGUUGUUUGGACAAAUGAUGAUAUUUUUAUGGAGAGAAUUACACCUUGUGUGGCCUUCUGGCAACCAGUAGCUGAUCAGGCGAUGCAGUUCUUCACAUCUGUUAUUCUACCAGAGAUUGUUGCACGACACUUCUUGAUCACCACAUGUGAAAGGGUUGCUCCAGAAAGUGUUGGUGAAGAACUGUUUUGUACAUGCAGGACACCAGAAGAUGGAAGCAAGUAUGUUGGCUGCGAUGGGAUAGAAUGUACAGUGAGAUGGUUUCACUUCAAUUGUGUUGUUCUUGUACGAAAACCAAUAGGAAAAUGGUUUUGUAAAG